AUGAAGUUUCGUGCCAAGAUCACCAACAAGGGCUUUAUAGAGCUCUUCAUUCAGGUCAGUGGCACCAUAGCAAAGCUGGCAAAGGUCUGCGUGCUCUGUGUGUGCCAAGACAAACUGUGCUUUGGUCCCACAGGCCCCAGGGCCACCCGAGAGGCCAGGCUGUGGUGCAAAGUGAUGCGGGGAGCCUCCUUCUACCAGUUUAACAUGGAAGGUGUUUCUGAAGAGCUCAAUGAGAUUUAUCUAGAGCUGAUAUCAGAGCAUUUGUACAGAGCUGUGAGAAGUGCAGGAAAUGCUGCCUCCCUGAAAAUCCAGCUGACCAACAAGCGUCGCCCCUGCCUCACAGUGGCGGUAGAGCUGGCAUCACGCACUGGGCACACCCAUGUGAUGGUCCAUGAUCUACCUGUGAGGGUGCUUCCCAGAAGAUGGUGGAAAGAGUACCCAGAGCCCAGUAUUCAAGUCUCUGAUGUGAGUGUUUAUCUGCCAGCUUUGAAGACCCUGAAGAGCAUUGUGGAAAGGAUGGCCAACAUGGGCGAUAACGUGCUGGUGGAAGCAAAUCUAAAUGGUAAAAUGAACUUGAGUAUAGAAACUGAUGUAGUAUCUAUUAAAAGUUAUUUUAAAAAUCUUGGAAAUCCUUUAAAGUCUGCUCAUAGCGUGCCCCAAGACAGAGACCCGGAGAGCAUGGUGCAAGUGCGAGUAGAGAAUAGGAAACUUCUGCAGUUUUUUGAGGGACAGCAGAUAAAUCCCACAACGGCCUUAUGCAAUAUUUUGAGCAAUACUCUUCUUCAUCUUGUUUUGGUUCAUGAAGAUGUCUCUCUUCAGUAUUUCAUUCCUGCCUUAUAA